AUGAAUCAAGUAAAUCCGGAAGAGCAGCUUCCAGAUAAACCUGACAAAGCUACCAUUUUAGCUUUAUUACAAUUACUUAGAAAGUACAAUUUAAAGGCAACCGAAGAUAUAUUGAAAAAAGAAACUAACAUUGAUCUCACGGUACCGGGUACCCAUGAACUUGGUCAAAAUGAAUCUGAAGUUAGUAGUGUUUUAUCAGCGUAUAAAAGCGAAGGAGAUCCAAAAAUUUAUGAAAGUGUUUAUGUGGACUUAAAAAAUUUCAUAGAAAAUUCUCUAGAUAUAUAUAAGCAUGAAUUAGGAACUAUAUUGUAUCCAGUAUUUGUACAUAUGUAUUUAGAGCUUGUUUAUAAUAAUCACGAAGAUGAAGCUAUUAAAUUUAUGAAUAGAUUCAAAUGUGAUCAAGAAGAUUAUUAUCAAGAUGAUUUAAGAAAAUUGUCAUAUGUAACUAAAAAAGAUCAAAUGAAGGGAAACGAAUUAACCGAUACUUUUAAAUCAAGUGAAUUUAUUAUUAGAAUGUCUAGAGAUACAUUAUCACUUCUUAAAAGACAUUUAUUAGAAAAAAAGCACAGUGUAGUACUUAAUAUUAUUCAAGAGCAUUUAUAUUUUGAUAUGUAUGAAGGAGUUGCUCGAAACAAAGCACAAAUAGAUGCGACUGCUGGAGCAGUUGUCGGAGAGGCUACCAGGCAAGAUAAUAAAGCCAAGGUUUAUUAUGGUUUGCUAAAGGAACCAGAUCUUCAAUUUAUUCCUGCAGAAGAGGAGGAAGUUGAAGGUGAAAGUGGAGAUGGUGAUAAACCGAAAAAGAAAAAAAGUAAAAAAGAUCCUCUUUUUUCAAAAAAAACUAAAACCGAUCCAAAUGCACCACCAUUAGAUAGAAUGCCAUUACCUGAAUUGAAAGAUGCUGACAAACUUGAAAAAAUAAAAGCUCUUAGGGAAGCAUCGAAAAGAGUUACAUUAGGUCCAGAUGCCUUACCAUCUGUGUGUAUGUAUACUUUAUUGAAUGCAAAUUCUACAGUUACAUGUGCAGAAAUAUGUGAAGAUUCAAGUUUGCUCGGUGUUGGUUUUACUGAUUCGAUAAUAAAAAUUUGGAGUUUAACUCCUCAAAAAUUAAAAGCCAUGAAAUCGGCAGAAGCUUUACAAGAUAUAGACAGAGAAGCUGAUGAUGUUUUAGUUAGAAUGAUGGACGACAAAUCAACGAAUGUCAGGUCUUUAUGCGGACACAGUGGACCGGUGUACAAACUUUCUUUUAGUCCUGACAGAACUCUUUUAUUGUCGUGUUCAGAAGAUGCAACAAUUCGAUUAUGGAGUUUACAGUUAUGGACGUGCCUAGUAAGUUAUAAAGGUCAUACAUUUCCCAUUUGGGAUGUCAAAUUUUCUCCUCACGGUUACUAUUUUGCAUCUGCUAGUCAUGACAGAACUGCCAGACUCUGGGUGACGGAUCAACACCAGCCUUUAAGAAUAUUUACCGGUCAUUUUUCUGAUGUCGAUUGUGUUCAAUUUCAUCCAAAUUCAAAUUACAUUGCCACCGGAUCAAGUGAUCGAACCGUAAGGUUAUGGGAUAAUGUUACUGGAACCCAGGUUAGAUUAAUGACCGGUCACAAAGGUCAAAUUUAUUCGUUAGCAUUUUCGGUUGAGGGACGAUUUCUGGCAUCGGCUGGAAGUGAUUUUAAAAUUAUGCUUUGGGAUUUAGCACAUGGACAUUUAUUAGCAUCUUUAUCCGGUCAUUCAAGUACCAUAUACGCUCUCUGUUUUAGUCGCGAUGGAAAUCUUUUAACUUCAGGUUCUUUAGAUUGCACUGUAAAAAUUUGGGAUUUUACAAAAUUGGGGGAAGAAAUUAGUCUGGAGGAUACAUUAAGAACAAUAGCGAAAAUUAUUUACUACGUUCCUACGCGACAAAAAGUUCGCCGAUUUUAUCUUUACAUUUUACCAGAAGGAAUUUAA